UGUGGAGAAGUUGAUUAAACGCAUAACAGAAUGUCGCACCAACUGGAAACAAUUGACCUUGACAUACUUCAGAGAUUUCAAAAGCUUUACACACGCAAUUGGCCAAAAUAUUGCUCAGAGUUUUACUGUCUAGAUAACUUUAUAGGGUUUUUAAAAAAAGAUCCACUGAUUAAGAAUUUGCAAAUCUACACACUUUCCGACAAGAGAGCCAAGGAUGAAGCGCUCUUUAUAAUUGUGGAUCGCUAUCAACUCUUUGUGGGUUGCUUAAAUAACUCAGAAGCGCUUGUAAAGAAAGCUCUGACUCUUAUCGACUGGUCCUCUGGUCUGAAGUGCAGUUCCAUACCAGCUCGGCAUGUUCCGGACCUCGAGAGCGUGGUUCGAGAAAAACAGCUGGAAGUGCAAUAUAAUAGCAUUACGAAUCUAUACUAUAUGACUGCAAAGGAGGCGUGUCAGCUAAAAGUUGAAGUUCCAGAUGGUUUCUUUAUGGAAUUAUUAAAGAAGGAAGAUGCGGAUUUGGUUAAUGAGGAAUGGCCAAAUCGUCAUGUCGGUUCAUUGUUCUUUAUACAACGUCAGAUUCGCAUGUGUCCAAGUGUUGGCCUAUAUUCAACGGAAACCAAACAACUCUUGGCCUGGUGCAUCAGGUUGCAAGGCGGCUAUUUGGGUGCAUUGCAGGUGAGGAGUUCUCAUAAACGACGCGGAUUUGGUAGCUUGGUGACAAAGGAAAUAACACGACGCAUAGGUUGUUUGGGCCAGGAUGUAAUGGCACUUGUAGGUACAGAAAAUGAGGCAUCCAGUGCCAUGUUUGAUAAGCUAGGCUUCAAGGUGAUUGAUCAAUGCAACUGGCUGAGAACUGAGCCUGUCAUAGGAGAAGAAUCCUGGCCAGACGGGGAGUAAAUAAACGUGAUCUUUAGCUAAAUAUGUAUACAUUACAUUACAGUACUUAACAAUACAUAAUCAUGUGUAUGUACAUAAUAAAAUACUACGACUAUUGUAUAUAAAUACAA